AUGUCAGAUCUUAUAGGGAGCUUCAGGCUUUGGUCAAGAGAUUUGAGAUUUGAGAAGUCUGGAGAUCAUUCAGAUGAUGAUUCUGAUCCCAUGGCUACUCAGCUUCGGAAAGAGAAUCCAGUUUUCUUCAAUUACUUUAACCUGAGAUGCCAAAUGGCUCUUCAGAUGAGGAUGUUCAGUGAUAUACUGACUAAGCAAGCUGUUCGGAUGUUCGAGAAUGCUGCGGUCAAGACUCUUCUUCAUCAACAUCCUGCAAGAGUUCAUCUUCUGAAGACGUUAGCUUACAAGAGAAAACUGAGUUCUGCAAGCUCAGCAUUGCCUUAUGAAAAUGGUCAAGCAGUUGCACAAACGCAGAACCCUUAUUAUCAAGUCCUUAACUCUGCAAGCUUUUCAGUGCUUAAUCCAAAUGUUCCAUCAAUUGUUCAGUGGCAGAUGCCUAAUGAGCAGCUAAUUCAACAACUCCUUUGUGCUUCAAGUUUACCAAUGCCAUAUGCAAAUGGUCCAUCAGUGACACAUCUGACUAUUCCUUGUGAUCCCCAAGAGCAACCCCUUUAUACCACAAGCUUACCAUUGUCUAAUGCAAAUGGCCCAUCAAGUAAAGCCUGUUGUUUACUAUAUACAGUGAUUAAAAAUUCGGUUGUGGUGGAGAUGGUGGUGGCUGUGGAUGAAGAGGUUGCGGUUGCAGUGGAGGUCGUGGUGGAGAUGAUGGUGGCAGUGGACGAAGAGGUUGUGGUUGCAGUGGAGAUGGAUGUGGAUGUGGAAAUAGUGGCGUUUGUGGUGGAUGUAGAUGUGGUGGAAGUGGACGAAAAUGUAGGGUCUUUAUAA